AUGAAUGGUCAAUGUGACCAGGCUACCACGAGGGAUUGUUUGAUCAUCGAUGCCAUACUGACUGCAGACGAAUCGAUACACCGGUCAUGUCGCCCUGCUAUAGUCGGUGAGCGCCGCAAGCAAGUUGUUUCCAACGUUCCAAUCAGAGUUGACACGAUUGUUGUGACUCUGCGAAUAACUGGUCCCGACUACCGAGAGCUCAGCCUGGCUAGCUACCAUGGUAAUGCUCCAAAUAGCAUCUGA